AUUACCAUGAUUGCACUGCCAUCUCAGAUUUAGUAACUUGUGCUGCUAGCUCAGCAGCCAGUGGCACAGGAUGAGAGCUCUAAAUAUGCUCCUGCAAUGCAUCAGGCGUUAAGUUCCCAGCUGUCCAGCGGGUGAUCACGUUGUACAUUUGUUUGCCAGGGCACUGGAGAGCAGCUACACAUACAUUCAUUUUGAAUCACCCCUAGCAGCUUCUACAGUGGUUAUUUCACCAUGAGGCGAGGGCACUUGAUCCUCUGGCUUCUGAUCUAAUUUGUGCUGCUGAUCUUGGGCUGUUUUUCAGGGACGUCACACGGCAGUGCCUGCAUUACUGGAGAACACACAUCCCAGUCCCAGGCUUGCCAAGAGCUGAGAGGACAGUGACAGUCUGCUCCACUGCUUCAUCAGGGCAGAGCACGGGAGAAAUAAGGCUUCCCCACAGUGGGACACCACAUUUAGGCUGUGGACAUAGAGGUUUUCAAUUUCUGUGACUUCUGCUCAGAAAUAUGGAUCUUUUCCAGGGGAGUCAGUGGUGCAAUACAGAUGAAGAGGAAAUUGUUUGAAGUUUGCUCUUCUGUGGUUCAAGGCUGCCAGGUCCUGGAGGGCGAAGACCAUCCCUUUCAGCACAAGAAGACUGGAGAGUCUGCCAUUUCAUUGUGGACAAGGAGGGAGGCAUCUGCCAGCAGGAAAGGAGCUCAGUUCUCUGGAGAUAAGAUCCUUACACUUGAAAAGAUCUCUAAGACAAGCCCAGAAGUUCCGGUCAAAUCUCAGAGUCCCACAGUGUUACCACCUCUAUAAAUUUACAACUGGAAUACUCAGCCUGAAGAUCAAGCUUACAUCUGUUUCGGACUGAGCAACAAGCUGGAAACUCUUAAACUUGCACAGUUGCUUUAAAGAGAGAAGCCCAUUAAAAAUACCACCACAGCAGCCACCUGUGCUGUAGGAGCUGGACACUGAGCAUCCUUCUGCCCACAAGAAGAGAGGGGUCAGGCCACAGUGUGGCCCAACAUCACCAAAACCUCUACAGUGCUCACUACAGGUCUGUGCCUGAAGGCCUGGUGUGGGACCUGUUGGGACCAGUGAAACUCCUGCAUGACCACUCCUGCUGCUGCUUUCUAGAAUAUGAGUACUUGCUUCCUCUUUACUGCAGCCUUGUGUCUGCCUUGCAAUGAUGCAAACCUCUUUGUAUUGUUCUGAUAGGUGCACUGAGACUACACAGACACUUCCAGCUUCUUCUUGUGAUUUUUUGGCUUGAAUUCUUCUUACUGUUGGUGACUAUGCUUGUUCCCACCCUUCUGGUUCCACAGCUUUUUACAGGCUCAGUAGCCCUUUUUAAUUUCUCAUUACUUGCUCUUCCAUUACUCUUGAAAUUAGAGUAAUUUUCUAUACUCCCUUCCUUUUCUACUAACCAUCCUGCUGUCUGUUUUCCUCCAUUGUGGCCCUGUUUCCCACAAAUAAUUUCCCUCAUCUGUCAUGCUGUCCCCUUGUUCUACAAACUUCUGCAAAUCUUUCCUUAGAGUGUUUUCUCUUUUCUUCAUUGUUUCUUCCAGACACUGCGUAUGCAAAUUUACUCCUGGGUACAUCUGAGCACAUAUUUUAUGUCAUUAGUGUUCCUUCUAAGAGUUUUCAUAUGUCCUACAUCACUGUGCUUUCCUUAAUUCCAUCCCCAGACCAUUUUGGGAAGAAAUUUAGGAAGGAAGUGUUUUGUGCACGUGGCUUCUUUUGAGAAGAGUUUAAAGACCUUUUUAGUCCUUCAGCUUCACAGAACAUUUGAUGAAUGAAGUAAUCUUCUUAUUCAAGGUCCAGUGAUUUGUGCUAAGAACUUUGGAUACAAUCUGUCAAUUGAAACACAAUAAACUCAUGUAGACUUAGGGGAAAUAUUGUUGCUGGCACAGUAUUGUAAUAUUUUUUAACAGAGCAAUCACUCAAUGAAAUUAAGAAUAAGAGAAUCUGUGCACACUGACAAUACAUUGAAGGAGGAGGCCAUUGAGAAGGCACGUGAUUUAUAGGUUCAGGCACAUUUCCAGUCUUCCAGCACAGCAGAGAUACAUUUCCUCAUAAAUAUCUCUCAAAACAGUAACAAUCAGACUUGACAAACACCAAACUGACCUGUGUGCUUUCAGAAAGCCACAUCCCUUCUAUGAGAAUCAUUCAGAUAUAAAUCUCUGACUAAUUCCUGCAAUUCACCAAUACAAUACAAAAAGGUUUUUGCUACUUUUAAGGUAAUUCUCCAAAGGAAUUAAUAAACUGAGAGCUGAUGUUCCUUUGUCAUGACAAAGUAGAGUCAAUAUUCUGGCCAAAAGGCAAGCGUAUGACAAAGUGCUUCCCCUUUGCAACUGGACUGAGAGCAGCACUUCUCCUGUACACACAAGUGCAAGGGAUUUAUGCAUUAUCACAAACAUUUGAUGAUCUGGCUACAACUCAGCUAUCAGCUGUCCUGCCAGCCAGGAAAUACAGCUCUAUCACAACCAGCUAUUGCUCAGCUGCAUUUUCUGCAGCACUAGAGUCUGCUGCUCUGCUCCUGGACAUGAAUCAGAUUGCUGUAUUUCUGUGUGAUAGCCGGAUUGCGCGAGAACAGAUACCGCUCCAGCUGUGCUCAUGCACGAGCCCCAGGGGACACUUGUCCCCAUGGCUGCCACCCAGCACCUCUGUUGGGCUCCAGCCAGCUCCAGGGGCAGGACCUGGUGCUUGCCCAGGCUGAAGGAGGUUCUCCAGCCCCUGAGCUUGUGUUGAAGGGUAGCCCUGACCUCUGCAUCCCUGGUACCAUCCCCAGACUGGCCCAGGUACACUCUGUCCUGGUCCAGCCCCAGCCACCUUGACCACGUGUGUAGGCAGGGAAGCUGUGGCAGCAUCCCACCCACUUCUGGCUGCACUGGCUGGGACCACAGGCAGGAUUGGGGCCCAGCAGAGUCCAGGGUGAGAUCCCACGUGGCAAGUCUGUGCUGUGGUGGCAUCUAAAGGUCCCUGGAGAGCCAGAGGGGUAGGACAAGGGGAGGAUGCUGAGCAAGAGCCAUAAGGUCUUGCAUGCUUGCCCACCAUGUGACAAGUGACAAUCCAUGUGCAGCUGAGGGAGGGAGCCAGACUCUGGGGGACAGAAGAAGACCCUGGCCCAGGAGGGGUGAGGGACAUGGCUCUGAUCCUCACUGGGCUCCCACGGCUGCAGGCAGGAAAGCUUAUUCUUGUGUACAAGCAGGUGGCAUGAGAAUAUUAAGUGGUAAAUCAGAUAAGCUCCAAUCUCGUUAUGCCAACAGAUGAGUGGGUCAGAAAGGUUUGAGUGUAGCUGUCAAUACAGCACCCUGUAAGGAUAAUGCCUAAUCAAAUUAGAUUAGACACUUGCAGCUCCCAUACCCACAGCUUCUUAGUUAGGGGAAACACAAUGUUCCAUGAAGGAGGUGAACAAAUCAUCUUAGCAGCUUGAACAGCCUCAGCACAUCCCAUCCCUCUUUCUGCUUUCCAGGCAGUGUCUGCACCCACCGCUUUGGACACAGCCCCAUAAAUGGCCCUAACAAUGCUGCUUUUCCUGGGAAGUAUGUUUUGCAUCACAUCAGCCACAUGAUUUUACUCCACAAAUUUUCAGUAGUUUUCAUGCUAGGAGUAAGGAAAGACUGUCAUGAGAGUUGUUGGGAGGGGAGGAAUUUUAGCCCCAGAAGCUCCACCUUGUUUUCCCAGCUACCAACCAGUAACAAGGGACAGUUUAAAUACUUUACAGUUUAAAUAUUUAAGGUUUCCAAUUGGAACACUGUUUCAAUGACAUCCACCGACAUGCAACAAUUUGGGUUUAAAGCUAUUGGAAACAAGUUUGUGCAACCACACGUGUUCAGAUGUUACUAUGCUGUGUGACAGCCCAGUGCAAGUUUCCUAAAAUAGCAGCCUCAUCCUCCUCCAAAAUCCUCCAUUGUCUGCCUAAGGCCAUUCAAAGAACAUUAUCCUAUUGCAAGCUUAGACUGUGUCCACUUCAGUUAUCAUUGUUAUGCCAGCCACGGCUGCAUGGUGCCACUUGAAUAUCCCUAAAAGCCUAGGGAACACUUAUUCCUUUUUGCAUGACUUUAUUUCUUAGAGUACAUCAGCCCACCAAAGGGUUGCUUUGGCCCUGCUGGCUUCAUUUGCAAAGCAAUUCCGAUUUCCACCUGCCAUUCCUACAUGGUGUCAAUUGCACAGCAAACACACAGCCCUGGCUUGCCUCAAGAAACACUGCCUCAGUUUCUCCACUUGUGCAGCUAUAAACAUCAGUAUGUUAGGACCUUCAUUCUUCCUCCUGUUAAGAGGAAAUUUUCUGGCUAUAUUUCAAACCCUGAGUGCAGAAGCAGGAACUGAGCUUAGAUCUUUUGUAUUUGGAGCCCAGAGUAUCACUGUUGGACAUUGUUUUUCUUAUGAAUGUUUUGAAACAAAAGCAUUUAUCUUGAACUGAACAUAACCUUUCAGACCAAAUGAAGUACGAAUAUUUGGAAAGUUUGGAUCCGAAAGAGUGUCAAUUUUGAUUCAAUAUGAAUAGUUCACUCUUUUGCCAUCUUUCGUCUGCCAAAUCAAAGCCAAAAAGCACAUAAUUUUCAUAACCAUUAGUACAUCCACAAAACCUUUUUAUUUUGUCAGGAAAACGCCCCAUGUUACCAGGCCCAAAGGUCCUUCUGUUGAGACGAAGGGCAUCCUGACUAUUCUCUAACUGCAUAGCUCAGUCCUACAUAACUCCUGGGCAUUUGAUCAUCCAUAUGAUUCCUAGACUUUUAAACAUUUCUGAGAAGUGGCUAUGAGCUCCCAAGAGACUUUCUCUCCUUCCAUGAAUUUGACCUGGAACAAGGAGGAUCCAAUGAAUUGUAAAAACUGCCAGGCAACAGUAUGCUGGACUGUAAGAAGAGCUAAACUUCACUUCAGACUUCCUUCAAAGACCUGGAGAAAGGACACAUCAUUCCUUUGGAAUACCAGAAUCCAAAAUGUGUUAGCCCCCUUGAAAGACAUUUAGUUGGUUUUACUUUACCAUUUUUCCUCCCUGUGGGAUGAAAACAAGGCUUGUAUUUUACCAUGCACUGGAAGGGCCCAGAUUGCUACUGGAGUAGACAUUGAAAGGCAGAAGGCAGCCUCCAGCUUCCCUUGUGUUAAUCAUAAAUAAAAUUACUCCCACCUGGGAGGUUUACACAGCUGCAAAUGAAAUUUUUACUGGGGUACAAGCAAUGAUUUCCUCACACAUAACUGACCUGACAGGCCAUGGGCAAGAAGGCUGGACCCACAGAAAAAUAUGUUUCCCUCCAACUCCAAUAAAUUGUUUGUCUGUAUCAGUUCCAGCUGGCUGGUAUCAUUACAUGUGCAUCUCUCUUCUGACUAGAAAUGCUUCCCAGGAAAAAGAAUGACACCCUUGUUUCUAGAGGUAGCUAAGACAAGGUGGGAGCAACCUCCUCCCACUGUUUUGGAAGCCUUUUCUCUGCAGGUCUAAAAUCUACUGUUCUAUACAAUCAGAGAGAACAGACUGUUCCUUUUUUCUCAGCCAUAGCUUUUCAUACAACUGGGGACUGUUUCGUUAGAAAAGAGAUGCCUCAAAAAGAGACACGAGAAACCUCGGUCUUUCCACAAAGGUCACCUUUUCCCACUGUAUUCUGGGUGAGACAUCUGUUUAGAACAACAUGGCAUAAUCUGUUGUACCAGACAAGGUUCAUGCUAAUGGAUGUAGACUUCCUUCUGCCUGCAAGUCCUGGCACAUUGUGCAGCCUUUGUUAAGCUGAGGUAGUGGAUCGUCCCCAUGAAUUCACCAGGUGACUGUUCUCCACGUAAGCAGGACUUUCCAUGCCUCCUUGGUGAAUUCUAGUCCUCUCAUCCUGAACAUACCUGUCUGCAAUUUAGUUUUAAGAUGGGGCUCAAACACAUUUACAGACACCUGACCACGGCUUAUUCACCGGCUUAAUAUUUUUACACCUAUCAGUGGAAACACUGAGUUGUUCUACAUCUGUUAUAGUCUCCACAGAGAAUCCUGCUCAAGAGAUUCUACAUUUCAUUCGUGAGCUGCUAAAACAAACUCUUCAUCUUUCAAAUACAUUUGCCAACACCUUCUAACUAUCUCAUCUAAGCCUUCACUGUAAGACACAAAAUAUCUGUUGUGUUAUUUUGUCAGGAGAUAUGACAGCCUUUACUUUCCUUCUGUCCAGGGACUACUGACUCUGCCAUAGAGAAAACUGUGCUGUGUGACACAAUUUGCUCUUGACAAAGUCGCAUUGGCUGUUAUUAGUCUCCUCUAGUUAUGUACAUAAACAGGUUUGUUUCUGUAUUUUCUUAGAAGCCAAAUCUGAAAUACAUUGUAGAAAAUAUGUUGUAGAAUUCUCCAGUUAUUUCUUUUUCCUAUUUCACUGAAAGGAUCAUUAUAUCUACUUGUUCCAAGAUUUCCAAAACUUCAGAAGAUCCUCCAUUAGUUGUCAGAAAAAUCAGGAGUUUGUGUUCCUCUGCUAGAACAUUGUUGUGGAAGGCAGUGUGGCACACAUCACCUCCUCCAAGCUUUCUUGAGCAAUAAUUCUAUUUCAAUAUCCCGAGUGAGAAUUACUGAGACAAGCUGCCUUCCUCCCAGGCAUCCAGAUUCACAUUUGGCCUGGAUUGAACCACUCCUGGCAGAAGUGACAGUACUCAUAGACAGUGAGAAAUACAGUCUGGACCCUUAGACCCUUGCUCCUUGAGCAGGCGAACCUUGCUUAUUUUCCAGCAAUGUAGUAGAGGGGUUCACCCUUAUUCUCCAGUAAUGAAAUCUUCUGUGCAUUGUUUAAUUCUUCUGAAGUAUAAUAACUGGCCUUUGCAGCACUUUGCCUCCCAGCACUGUGCUGACUCAAACCUGCUGUUUGCAGUGUUGUGGCUUAAUUGAUGUGAAAAAACUCCUGUUCCUCACCGUCAUAAUUCUCCCCCUUUCUCCACUGACAGUGAAGAGGAAAAUAUUUCUACCUCCACAGUUUGCUUGGGUUUUGUUUGGUUUUGAUUUUGUCUGCAGGGCUUCCCAUGUUCCCUCAGAGAGCUUCAAUUCAGCAAUCCCAAACAGAAGUUCUCCAGAGUCGUUCCUGUAUGGAUGCCACUAAGAGGCAUGUUUUCCUGUUGUGGCUCUUACUAGCAAGAAACAAAGACCACAGACCUUGCCAAUUCAGUUGAAACCCUGGACUAAAGCAUUCAGGAUUGGUGCUUCCCUUAGAGAACAGCCCUUACAGAGCUGCUAUAGAGCCAUGCAAUAGUAGAGAGAUUUCUAAAAGAGCAGCCUUACCUCACUAUUUUUAUUUUGGCCAAUGAGUUCUUUUGUGAAGAAUGCACUUCCUACUACUGCUGGGAGCUGGGAGCAGAAAUAAUAAGAUGGUCACCUUGUUAGCCAAGGAUUAGGCCCAAGCAGUAUAUAUUUAAUUAGACUGUAAAGAGCUUAUUUCAAUAUUAAGAGAUGCACUCCUUCCCUGUUGCUACUGCCUCAGAAUUGUUCAGUAAGUGUUCUGUCUAUCAAGAGAGAGUGUUUUCAGACAUUGUGAGUACUCAGUUUUUGUUUACAGUAGAUUAAGAAGAGGAAAGUUGACCCAAAGCUCUUGUAGAGGUCAUCUAAUCUCUUUGGUUGAGAAGAUCUGUCCUCCCACAGAUUCAUCUUCAGCAUUAUAAAGGAAUACAUCUUCCUGAUGACAAGCUCUCUUUGCAGGGAUACCUCAAACUUGCUUAAUCCAGAAGCAGCACCUUCUGUUACAAAAAUUUAAGAGACACAUGAGAAAUUAGAGUGCUGUUUGCACAUCUUUGGACUAUUCCUUACCCACAGGAUCAAGGGCAUUCACAAUGAGCAUUAGUGAAGACGACGUGGAGAAGUUUCUUGAUGGCAACCCUGCUUUUGCCAAGCAGUAUUUUGAGAAGAAAUUAAAAACAGAGUCCUGGGAUAACAAUGAGAGUGAAAUACUUUUUGAGUUGAUCCAAGACAUGCAAGAAAGCAUCAACAUGGAGAAAGUAGUUUUCAAGACCUUGAGAAGAAUCAGGUCCCUUAUUCAUGCUGACCGCUGUAGUCUCUUCAUGUACAGGCAGAGAAACGGCACUCCUGAGCUGGCAACAAGGCUUUUCAACAUCCAGGAGGGAAGUACUCUGGAGGAAUGCCUGGUCUCCCCAGACUGCGAGAUUGUCUACCCACUGGACAUAGGCAUCGUGGGCCAUGUUGCUCAGACCAAGAAAACCAUGAACAUCAAGGAUGUCCGUGAGUGCGCCCAGUUCAGCCCAUUUGUUGAUGAGCUCACCGACUACACUACAAAAAACAUCCUUGCGACACCCAUCCUGAAUGGAAAAGAUUUGGUUGCUGUCAUUGUGGCUAUAAAUAAGCUGAACGGCCCACACUUCACCAGCUCUGAUGAAACACUUUUUCUGAAGUAUCUGAAUUUUGCAUCCUUGAACUUGAAAAUUUAUCACUUGAGUUAUCUUCACAACUGUGAGACUCGAAGAGGCCAGGUGCUGUUGUGGUCAGCUAAUAAGGUUUUUGAGGAGCUGACGGACAUUGAGAGGCAGUUCCACAAGGCUUUUUACACAGUGCGGGCUUACCUGAACUGCGACCGGUACUCGGUCGGGCUGCUGGACAUGACAAAGCAGAAGGAAUUUUUUGACCUGUGGCCAGUCCUUUUGGGAGAAGUACCUCCCUACACAGGACCUCGAACCCCGGAUGGCAGGGAAAUAGUCUUUUACAAGGUCAUUGAUUACAUAUUACAUGGAAAAGAAGACAUUAAAGUCAUCCCAAAUCCUACCCCGGAUCACUGGGCACUAGUUACUGGACUGCCAACCUAUGUGGCUGAAAGUGGAUUUAUUUGCAACAUUAUGAAUGCUGCUGCAGAUGAGAUGUUUAAUUUUCAGGAAGGUCCUCUAGAUGAAUCAGGAUGGACUAUCAAAAACGUUCUCUCCAUGCCAAUAGUGAAUAAAAGGGAAGAAAUUGUUGGUGUUGUCACAUUUUAUAACCGAAAAGAUGGGAAACCGUUUGAUGAACAGGAUGAAACCCUUAUGGAGUCCUUGACGCAGUUCCUGGGUUGGUCUGUGCUCAACACAGACACAUACGAUAAGAUGAACAAGCUGGAGAACCGUAAGGACAUUGCUCAGGACAUGGUGCUCUACCACGUGAAAUGUGACAAGGAUGAAAUCCAGGAAAUUCUGCCAACACGAGAAAAGCUGGGGAAGGAGCCAAGUGAGUGUGACGAAGAGGAGCUGGCAAGCAUUCUGAAAGAAGAACUCCCAGGACCCACUAAAUUCGAAAUCUAUGAGUUCAGGUUCUCAGAUUUUGACUGCACUGAGCUAGAGCUGGUGAAGUGUGGCAUUCAGAUGUACUACGAGCUUGGCGUGGUGAAAAAGUUCCAGAUCCCACAGGAGGUUCUGGUAAGGUUUGUGUACUCUGUCAGCAAAGGCUACCGGAAGAUAACUUAUCACAACUGGCGUCAUGGCUUCAAUGUAGCACAGACCAUGUUCACCCUCCUGAUGACUGGCAAACUGAAGCGUUACUACACUGACCUCGAAGCUCUUGCAAUGGUAACUGCAGCUCUGUGCCAUGACAUUGACCACAGGGGAACCAACAACCUCUACCAAAUGAAAUCUCAAAACCCUUUAGCUAAACUUCAUGGAUCCUCUAUUUUAGAGAGACAUCACUUGGAAUUUGGAAAAUUCUUGCUCUCUGAGGAGUCACUGAACAUAUGCCAGAACCUCAACCGCAGACAGCAUGAGCAUGUGAUUCACCUGAUGGAAAUUGCCAUUAUAGCAACAGACCUGGCACUCUACUUCAAAAAGAGAACAAUGUUUCAAAAGAUCGUUGAUGAGUCUAAGACUUAUGACAGUGCGACGGCCUGGACUGAAUAUUUGUCUCUGGAGACUACAAAGAAAGAGGUUGUGAUGGCCAUGAUGAUGACUGCCUGUGACUUGUCAGCUAUCACAAAGCCUUGGGAAGUCCAGAGUAAGGUAGCUCUACUGGUAGCAGCCGAGUUCUGGGAGCAAGGAGAUUUGGAAAUAAGCGUCCUUCAGCAGCAGCCCAUUCCCAUGAUGGACCGAAGGAAAGCUGCUGAGCUUCCAAAGCUUCAAGUGGGUUUCAUUGACUUUGUGUGCACGUUCGUCUACAAGGAAUUUUCCCGUUUCCAUGAGGAAAUUCAACCUAUGCUUGAUGGGCUACUGAACAACAGAAAUGAGUGGAAGACCCGUGCUGAUGAGUAUGAUGCAAAAGUUAAAGCUCUGGAGGAAGAGAAGAAAAAAGAGGAAGAGAGAAUGGCUGCAAAAAGAGGUGAAAUAACAUGCAAUGGAGGAACAGCUCCAGCUUCCAAAACCUGUAGCAUACUGUAGACCUAUUCUCAUGGCAAGAUAUGCCACGCAAAAUGAGAAUGCCCAUAAUUAAAAAAACCAAAAAAAACCACAAAAAGAACAAAACAAAGAACCAAAAAACACCAAAAAACCCAAACCAAAACAAAAAAGAAAUUAAUGGCAUACAAACACAUUCUUGAUAGGACUAUUCUGAUAAUUCAUUAGGCUUGUGACCAAUCAGGGAAGGGCUAGAUCUUGUUUGCCUUAAUUGCAUCUCUUCCUGAUGGUAGGGUGCCAGUUCUGUCCUGUCGUCUGUCCUCCAUCUAACACACCUGAUAUCACAUGGCAUGUGACAAGUCAGAACAACAUUUGGCCUGAUAAAUCAGGUUGCAAGAUUAUAGAAGAGCGCUUUUCCUGCACUUGGAAUACUUCCUACCCCAAAGCUGAUGGGGAUAAUCCUGCUCCAUACAACCUUAUGAAACUGACAGUGAAUGCAACCAUAGCCUGCACAGUGGGAAAAACUGAAGAAGAGUUAAAGUUAAUCAUACCGAAGUCUAUAUCUGUCAGGAUAUCAUGAAGAAACCUGAGGGUAAGGAUAAAGCAUGAAAACUGACCAUAGUAAAUCUUUGAACUGCUAUAAAAUGUUACGAUUCCAUGUAAAUCCAAGAAACACUCUGACAGAUAACACAUAUAUAUUUUCACUUAAAGAAUCUGCGUAGGUUGCUAUCCCAAAGCAUGGAGCCAUUCAUGCUUCAGACAGUAGCUGCCUUCUCCAGGAGCAGGAUCCACACUGUGUGCUAAUUGAAGCUUCAUUCUUUCCUGUGUCAUUUUAAGAAGACAGUGUUAAUUUAUCCAUUACAGUUCCCCUUACAAUUAACCAAGCAACCUGAGCUGUGGCAUCUCAUAAAUUUGUUCUGUUUUGCCUCAUAAUGCCACAAUUGAUCAGAACCAACUGUCCUUCCUUUCUUCCUCCUGUUCUGAGAUGUCUGGUUUUUAGAUUAUACUUCAGACUUGUAACUCUUAUUUUAGUUGAAAAUUACUUUCCAUGUUUAUUCAUGCAAAAAUAGAACAUUCAAAUACACUCUUGUAGUAGUAGAGACACCCUCAUGUCCUGCUCCAACCCUCCUCCCACUCUUUCUUUAAAAAAAUUGUUUGGAGAUCUAUUUUGCUGGGGAUUUUCUUCUUCUAUUACUCCUGCUACCUUCAGGGUUUUUACCCUUCAGUAUAUUGUUUUGCAUUACAAAAAUACUGCAAGUAAAAGAAAAACUAGAGCUGUGGUGGUACCUGGUGAUCAUUUACCUCUCUCGGUGUAGUAAGCAAGAUGUAGUCCUCAAACAACAUGCAGCAAUUCUGUGAGAGGCAAUUUGUCUUUCAGGAAAACACAGAAACUUGUCCACUUGCAUGAAAGUUAAUACACAACAGUUAGUGAC